CAGCCGUGAUGGCUAGUUAUUUCAGGCCAGGCUGACGGCUGUUGGCUGUUUGUAAUAGAAAGAAGACAAAUAUUUAUGAGGGAUGGCAGCAAGCGAGCUUGCUACCUAGCUAGCUGGGGAUGUUUAUCCGCAGAGCAACUUGCAAAUGUUUGGAGGGCUGCAUUCGUUUAAUCUAUUGUCGUGUUCAUGUAUUUUUGUUCUUAGUCGACGACGACUACUACUACUACGACUAUGACUAUUUGGUCUUUGACGCCUCACUAUACGACAUAUGUGUGUAUCAGUGUAGGCAUCGAUUGUAAAUACGCUCCUCUCCCUGUCUCUGUGUCUAUGUGGCUUUCAGGUCAUCAUAUAUAAGCAUGCAGAGCGUUUACAGAGAUCACGAAGACGAAAUGUCAGAAAAUAUGGAGACAAUUGGUAGCAGCAGCUACCUGGUUUGGGAGGAUCUUACAGUAACCCUCACAACUGGCAGUAGCAAUACAGGGAAGAAGAAGAAGUGGUUGGUGAAUGGACUUUCUGGGUUUGCAGAGUCUGGUCGGAUCAUGGCGGUUAUGGGCCCGUCUGGCUCUGGCAAAUCCACCUUCCUCGAUGCUUUAGCUGGAAGACUGUCACCUCAAGCUGCCAUGGCGGGGAAGAUCCUGCUGCUGAGGGGCAGUGAGCAGAUGACCCGAAGCAGCUCCCUCAUCAGCUGCCGAGAUGUGUCUUGCGUGACGCAAGAAGACGUAUUCUUGGGAACGCUGACGGUGAAGGAGACACUCUACUUCGGGGCUCGUCUUAGGCUGCCGGAACUCGCCAAGACGGAGCUCCACGAACUGGCCAACGAAACAAUGGCGAAGAUGGGGCUGGAAGAAUGCGCAGACAGCACCAUCGGGAACUGGCACCUGAGAGGGAUAAGCAGCGGGGAGAGGCGGAGGCUGAGCAUCGCCGUCGCGAUAUUGGCUCAGCCACAGGUGCUUUGCUUGGACGAGGCCACCACGGGACUAGACAGCGCUGCCUCUUCCUUCGUCGUCCAGGCGCUGCGCAAUGUUGCUCGAGACGGCAAGAUCGUGGUUUGCUCCGUCCACCAGCCCACCAACGACGUGUUUCGACUCUUUGACGAUCUCCUGCUCAUCUCUGCUGGGGAGGUGGUCUAUUUUGGUGAAUCCCAUGGCGCUGUCAAGUUCUUUGCUGAUUCCGGGUUCCCCUGCCCGAUUAGAAGAAACCCGCCUGACCAUUUCCUUCGGUGCAUUGCACCGGAGUUCGAUCAAGUCUUAGCCGCUCUGAAGCAGACACAACGACUGAACUUUGCCGAGCACUCAGCAGCAGAUUGCUUGCUGAACGGGACAACAGCAGAGACCAGAGCAACACUAGUGAACAAGUACAAAUCGUCCAUUUUCGCAGACACUGCAAGGAAAAGGAUUCAAGAACUUGAAUUACUACUGACUGAGAAACAUGAUGAUAACAGCAGCCAGAGUAGCAGUGAAGUUGUACCUGUAAAGAAGAGAGAGAUUGGGAAGAAGCAGUGCCAUCAAUGGUGGAACCAAUUCUGCACACUAACACACCGCUCCAGCUUGCACAUGUGUAGAGACCUCGGCUACUACUGGCUCCGAAUCGUCUUCUUCAUCAUGGUGGCACUCAGCACGGGAACCUUGGAGUUCGACAUUGGGACUUCAAGCGCUGCAGUCAUAGCCAGAAGCAAGGUAGACGGGUUCCUAUAUGGCAUUAUGAUCAGCUUGUCCAUCGGCGGCUUACCUUUCUUCCUCGAUGAAAUCAAGGCCUUGCACGGAGAGAGGCAUGGAGGGCACUAUGGCGAGGCUGUAUAUGUGCUGUCCAACUUCCUCUCCUCGUUACCUUUCACCAUAUUCAUAUCCUUCUCAUCAGGAUCCAUACUAUACAGCAUGGUGAAGUUCCAUCCGGGUUUCUCGCACUUGCUCUACUUCUGCAUCAACCUUUUCUUCAGCAUCUCCGUCUCAGAAGCCUGUGUCUUUGUCACUGCGUCUCUCAUAUCCAAUCCAUUGCCCGCCAUGGGUGCAGCUAUUGGUGUCACCGUGCUCAACCUAAUGGCCUCUAUGGUCAUUCGACCACUACCCGACACUCCUAAGAUCUUCUGGAGGUACCCUUUGUCCUACAUCAGUUAUGCAGCUUGGGGAACGCAGGGCAAUCUGAAGAAUGACAUGAUGCGACUAGAAUUCGAUUCUGAAAUACCUGGACGGCCAAAGAUAACGGGCGAAUCCAUUCUGAAGAACACUUAUGGCAUGAACCUAACAUACUCCAAGUGGUUGGAUGUAUCAGCUCUCUUCUGCUUGCUACUAGCUUACAGGGUACUCCUAGUCUUUACCCUUCACUACAAGCAGAGAAUAUCGACUCCAUUACAGAGAAUUUACCCCAGGAGAGGUCUCAAACCCACCAAGAUUCCGCAAGCUUAACUGAAGAAUGAACAUUGGAACCCUUGUGCUAAGUUGUAUGAACUGAAAUGACUGUCAAAAUUAUGAACUUUACUGUGUGAUGCGAAACUUACAUGCUGUGAAAUGAAAAACCCGGAAGCGGGCCUCGUUUUUCUGUCGGCAUUAGUACUUAGCAGUGAGAUGAGAAGGCGAAAUGAAUUGCCGAGCUCGUAAACCGAAACUUGAAGCAAUCCACAUUGUUUCCACUUUCAAUGAGCUUAACACCGUUGUCAGCUUUCGAUUUCAAAGAUCUAACGCUUGGUGGUUUAUCAGCCAUGAAUGACGAUUAAGCCUAAUUCUGCAAUUUGGCUUCCCGCGCGAUAGUCGAUACCGCUGAUGGUGUCUUCAUCUCCGAUCACCGCAACGCUUCUUCGUUCGGCGCCAUCGUGAAAACAGAGAAAGUAAGCACAAAGGAGAGGGCCUGGCCGGGCCCAAUGCGCAAAACUUGAAAGGGCCGAAAGACUGGGCCGGGGUUCACUUUAAGUUCGUGGACCGAAUGGACAUGUCCUGGAGCGUUGCAAAUAUUACAGUUUCAUACCUCUUUCAAUCUUUUGUGUAUAAACUUGCAAUCGGAUUCACAAAAACCAUGGUCCAUGAAACCGUACCGGGUAUCGUACCGGAAAAGUCAACGGUAUGAUAUUUUAUGAUAAAAUCAUGGUUUUACCGUAGUUGAACCGUUAGACCGUUAAAUACCGCCUACCGAUUUAGCCUCCGAUACUGAUAUUUCGUGGUUGAACCGUCGGUACGGUACGGUUUCAUGGACCAUGCCAAAAACUCGGAGACGAUGUUUGGUAGGAGUGCCGACUACCGACAAAACUUAAAUGGUGAAAAAUAUUUCUAAUUUUAAAACAUCGUUAGAAUCGUGCAAAAUAUACUUAAUUUCCUCGAUCGAUACAAUAUGUAGAUCACACAUGAUGUGUUAUUCUCGGAGAGGUAGUCGAGAUGGCAACGAGGAUGAAUGGCAAAUGGUAAAGGACAUAAAAGAUUGAACAACAACAGAUGAUAUGACACAUAGUAGAUGAAUAUGUCGAUAUGAUCUGAAUCGGAUAGCUGACCAGAAUUGAAAGUUAUGUGGUUGAUUUGUAACUCUAUUGUUUUACGAGACAGGUUUAGGGUUAGACCACAUGGAGAAAGUACUAUACAUACUCCCUACACUCUUCUGUAAGCUGUAUCUCGUUGAAAUAUAAUGAAAUUGGUUCCCUCAUGCCCGUGAACUAGUUAAUUAACAGACAUUGUGUUAUUGAACCACGUAAAUCAGCGUGUCUUGUUUGUUUGUUUGUUGCUUUCGUUAUUAAAAUGGGCAUCGGACGGAUCUUAUUUACCGAACCCACCCAAAUCCACUCAACAAACUCCAACCCACCGUAACGUGUGGGUUAGUGUAGUGGGUACGGUGCGUGGCAUGUUUCCGUACCAACCCACCAAAAUACACGGGUGGGUGAUCUAGUAUGGGGAUAAUAUUGUUGUAACAUAUUCAUAUAACCUAACCUCAAGUCAUACUAGUACUAUUCAGAAACCAAAGGUAUCGAUUCAUCGAAAUUAUCAGCUGACAGCAAACCGUUUUAGUUGGAACGUCAUAAUAAUUAACAGAAGAUAUUGAAAAUCGUCGUCGAGAUUCUAAGCAACCAGGAGUUGGGGCCGGCAGGCAAUGAAGCUGAGGGGCUUCGGUUAUUAUUAUUUUGGUCCCCAUAGUCAUGAAUAUUCAACUAACUGGCUAUAGUUCCACUACAAUAACGGUGCCUGAUUAGUGACAAUGCAUUAAGCUUGUCAACUCGCGGGUCGACCUAGUUUGAUCCUGACCCGGUGAGGCCGCAUGUAUCCGUCGGGUCGACCGCUAUAAGGUAUCGAGUUGGAGGUCAAAUUGUGUCAUUCUUCAUUUUAGUUAGGGGUGGGCACGUGGGUGCUUAAUCCGCAGAUUGAUAUUGAUCCACCCGCAAGUAACCCGACCCGCAUGCAAUGGGUGAUUGAUGUGGGUGGAUUGCGGAUUGUUAAAUCUCCCACCCGCACUUAUGUGGGUGGGUGGUGGGUGGAUUGCGGGUCACCCGUAUGACUCGCAUCCUAUUUUUACAUGGAAAAAUGUUAUUUCUUAUAGUAUCGAAUAUUCAUCAUAUUUUUGAAUUGCACUAUAGUCUGACCAUAUACUGCAAAAGGUGAAGAAUAAAGAAUAGUUUUGACU